CUUUAGGAUACUUUGCAUGCCGCCUUAUGAUCGUUUCCCUUCUGUAGUACUCCAGGUCCGAUUGUUUGCUUCGAGGAAGUUGGCAAUAAAAUAAGCAGAAGUGAUGUGCCAUGCUAGUGAGAGGUACAAAUAAGUGAUGGAUCUUGGUGAAGUGCUGUGAUGGAUCAGACACAUCACUCGGGCUGCAGGACGCACACCCACGCCAGGGCACUUCACUCUCAUCCUAAAGCGGCGAGGUGCACAUCCUUCCACGUGACCGCCGGCUGGACGGGCCUCUUAUCGAGAUGGAGACUUUUUCUCGACGUCGCAACGGUCAACAUUUCUGAAUCACAGUCCAACCUCUCACCAAAUCUUUGUUUUCUUCUUCUGACAGAAAGCAUCCGUUUUGCCAUCUCUCGGCACCUUCUCGAGCGUGUCGCACAGAAGGUUCUUCUUCCCGUGGUGCUCGCACGGGUUUCUGUCUUUGAGACACUGAGGUCCAACAGAUCUUGCACUACCAACCCACCCGCCACGGUUAUUGUUCACUUUCCCCCAACAAUUCACGAUGGCGUCCGAAAUCCCAAGAGGACGCUCUAAUAUCACCGCUCCGACCCCUCAGAACACCCCUGCUUCAAAUGCGCCCAUUUCUUCGCAUGCGCAGGCUCCAACCAUCAGCGACAUUCAGGAAGAGGACCUUGAUCGUGCUGCAGCGGCUUCCAUAUUCGCCAAGAAUCCUGCCCUGGUCUCGAUGAUGCAGCAGAAGCUCGGUUCGCUUGUUGGUCGAUCGUCUGGCUACGUCGAGUCUCUCCCUACGCCUGUCCGCCGUCGUGUCACUGGCUUGAAAGGAAUCCAAAAGGAUCACGCCAAACUAGAAGCCGAGUUCCAAGAAGAGGUCCUUCAGCUCGAAAAGAAGUAUUUCGCCAAGUUCACUCCAUUGUACGAGAAGCGAGCUGCCAUUGUCAAUGGUGAGACCGAGCCCACCGAGUCUGAGGUCGAGGCCGGUAAGGACGAGGACGAAGAUGAGGGCGAGGAGGAGCCAAAGGAAGAGGAGAAGCCUUCUGCAGAGGACAUGAAAGGUAUCCCGGAGUUCUGGCUCACGGCAAUGAAGAAUCAAAUCUCUCUUGCCGAGCUCAUCACGGACCGGGACGAGGAAGCCCUCCGAUCCCUGACCGACAUCCGCAUGGAAUACCUCGACCGCCCGGGAUUCCGCCUGAUUUUCGAAUUCGCCCCCAACGACUUCUUCACCAACAAGACCAUUACCAAGACAUACUACUACCGAGAAGAGAAUGGCUACGGUGGUGAUUUCAUCUAUGACCACGCCGAAGGUGACAAGAUCGACUGGAAGCCAGGCAAGGAUCUGACCGUCCGCGUCGAAAGCAAGAAGCAACGAAACAAGAACACCAAGCAGACCCGAGUCAUCAAGAAGACUGUUCCCACCGAGUCGUUCUUCAACUUCUUCUCUCCCCCGGUUCCUCCUACCGACGAGGACGACGUCGCCUCCGACAUUGAGGAAAGACUGGAGCUCGAUUACCAGCUGGGCGAAGACAUUAAGGAGAAGCUCAUUCCCCGUGCCAUCGACUGGUUCACUGGCGAAGCCCUGGCAUUCGAGGAGUUCGAUGACGCUGAAGACGCCGAGUUCGAUGACGAGGAUGAUGAGGAUGACGAGGACGAAGAAGAUGUCGACUCUGAGGAGGACGAAGAGGAAGAGGGCGGCAAACCCCGGUCUCAGCAGGCCUCUGAGUGCAAGAACCAGUAGAUGAGCAUUACUCUGGCUCAUUUACCACCGUGCUGAUGGUGUUGAUGAACCAAUUUGGACAGUAACACAGAACACGAGGGCGGUGUUGCAUUACGUGCCUAGGAGCAGAUGGCCGUAGCAUGGUGCCGUUUACGGUGACCGGCAUGGCGUCGACUAGCUACGAUCCUUUGAGCAUAUCUGAUGGCGUUUUACAAGAUCGGGCGUGACCGAUCCAUGCCUGCACAACCCAGAUGAAGGGCAUGGUGGAUGUCCAUCUCACGCCCAGGCGGUCAUGUCAGUUUUUUCAGCACUCCAGCCCUUCAAUCCUCCAAUCCUUGAAUGCCCUUGAUUUUCAGUCUAGCAAAGCAGUGCGCCAGCAGUACCAAGCCGGCCAUAAUUCUGUUGAAAGACUCGAUUCAGCAAACACAGUAUGUAGAGCCGUCAGUUGUUUGUUUUGUGGGGGAGAUCAAUAAUAAUGGGCAAGCGAUUUCCUCUCUUUCGUACGAACUAUCGCUAUUCGAGGACAAUCGGGUGUUACCAAGCCAAGCCAAUCUACAGUACUACUACCUUAGGAAGCUGUGCAGAAGGCUGUGACAGCUAAACGAACAAGUAGUCACCCUUGUAGUCACGCCGAAGUCACCCUUGCCCAUGCAGAAAAUUUAGUGAAAGGGGUGAUGAAGGGUGGUGAAGAGUGGUUUUGGGGGACAAUCUUAUGCGGACCAGGGGAGACGGAUUGGCGC